ACUCAAGAGAAGAGAAGGAAAGAAACAUAUCGGAAGCAAGCAGAAUUUAUCAAUGGCGCAGAACGCCGCGACGAUCAGCGGGCGGCGGGAGCUGACGCGGAUCUGGACGCUGGGGCGGGGCGCGUCUGGCGCCGUGGUGUCGCUCUUCGCGGCUGACGGCGGUGGCGAGGACGACCAAUCGCUGCUCGCGGUGAAGUCGGCGAGCACAGCCUCCGCGCAAGCCCAGCUACGGCGGGAGGAGGGCAUUCUCGCCUCGCUUUGCUCGCCCUACGUGCUCCCCUACCUCGGCUCCCGAGCCGCAGCGGGCGGCGGCGAGUACCAGCUCUUCCUCGAGUUCGCGCCCGGCGGCUCGCUCGCAGACGAGGUGGAGAGGAACGGGGGAAGCCUCGAGGAGGGCGCCGUCCGGGCGUACGCGGCGGACGUUGCCAGGGGACUCGCGUACCUCCACGGCGAGUCCAUGGUGCACGGCGACGUCAAGGGACAGAACGUGGUGAUUGGGGCCGACGGGCGGGCCAAGCUCGCGGACUUUGGGUGCGCGAGGAGCGUGGGCUCGGCCGGACCGAUCGGGGGCACGCCGGCGUUCAUGGCGCCCGAGGUGGUGCGCGGGGAGGAGCAAGGCCCUGCGGCCGACGUGUGGGCUCUGGGGUGCACCGUCAUCGAGAUGGCAACCGGCCACGCACCCUGGAGCGGCGUGGACAGCGUGUUCGCCGCAGUGCACCUGAUCGGGUACACGGACGCCGUGCCAGAGGUGCCCAAGCAUCUGUCGGCGGAGGCCAAAGAUUUCCUGGACAAGUGCCUCAGGCGGCGCGCCGGCGAUCGGUGGACGGCGGCAGAGCUGCUGGAGCACCCGUUCCUGGCGUUGGCCGGCUGCGGUUGCGACGUCGAGGUUAAGUGGGUCUCUCCGAAGAGUACAUUAGACGCCGCAAUGUGGGAGUCAGACUCCGAGGAAGAGGAGGAGGACAAUGUGCCGGAGGGUUGCACGAACGAGAGGAUGAAGGCGCUGGCGGCAUCAUACUCGGUCCUGCCGGACUGGGAGUCGGACGACGGCUGGAUCGAUGUAUUGAGAGGCCAAUCUGAACUUCCCAACGGCGCGGCGGCGCGCGGAAACGCGGGGCAUGUAGUCCAACAUUGAAUCAGAUGGAUGUUGCUGGGAUGAUCAAGGAUUAGAAGCAGAGAUAGGAAUAUUAGAAGCUCUAGUCAUUGGUGCUGCCGUGCCGGUGGCCGCGGCGUCGUCGGAGGAGACGGCGUUCAAUUACGACAUAGCUUUUUUACUAGAAGCAGAAACUAGGAGCAGCCGAUAAUCAAGUUUCAGUGAAUCAGCAGCAC